AUGGGCCAUUGCCAGGGUGAUGAUUACUACGUCCUGGGUCGAGAUAUCUCCGACUCAAUCAGGCUUGAUGCCCAACAUCUGUUGUGGAAGCUUCACAACAGAUACACGUUGCAUCCUGCGAUCCCCAAGUCAGACCAUAUGAAAAUAGCCGAAGUCGGGACUGGCACAGGCAUUUGGCUGUUUGACUUGGCACAAGACCUCCCUGACACUGUCUGUCUCCACGGAUACGACAUCUCUCCUCGCCAAUUCCCCUCUGAGAAGCUAUGGACUUCCAACAUCAAGCUCAGCCUGAUGGAUUCUCUUCGUGACCCACCCGAAACUUUACACGGGAAGUAUGAUGUCGUGCACCUGCGCAUGUGGGCAAGUAACCUUAGAACUAGGGAUGUGAAGCUUGUGAUUUACAGCGCUUCCAAGUUGCUCAAAGCUGAGGGAUACAUCCAGUGGGAGGAGGCAAAUCUUCUAAAUCAAGAUGUGCGAGGUUUGGCAGGGAAGGAAUUUGAGGCCCUAGUCAACAAGCUUUUCGUAUCCGCAGGCCUCGACUACAGCUGGGUCACUCAUCUCUGCUCUUCUCUAUCGUCCAGUGGUAUGACCAUUGUCGAGCACAAAGAGCACCCUUUCGCAUCCGGGCUGAUUUAG